UUCUCCGUGUUUGCCUAUCUCAUCUUCCUCCUCAUCAACACCAAAAGACAGCUCCAAAAAUUCCCUCCCAAACAUGGCCGGACAUCAGCGAUCGACGAGCUGGCCGUCCAUGGCUCAUGCUCAUCCCAACAAGACCGAGAUGCAAGAAGCUCUGCAAAGCAUAGCCUCUCUCAUGUCUACGCCGGCGGCGGCUACCAUGGAAGUGGUGUGCGACGGUCUGAGGAGGCUUGGAGACGUGUACAGCCACAUCGACGAGGCCAUAUGCCUGCAUAGCAACCACAACCAGCUGGUGCGCGGGAAGAAGAGGCUGGAGGAAGAAAUGGAGAGGUCGCUGCAGGUGCUGGACCUCUGCAGCACCCUGCAAGAAACCUUCAGUGACCUGAAGAUGACGAUCCAGGAGCUGCAAUUGCAAAUGGUUCUGAACAGAGGCGACCUCCCGGUUGCUCAGACCAAAGCUCAGUCCUACGCCCGGCUGGUGAAGAAGGCCAAGCACCAGCUGAAGAAAGCUGCCGGCAGCAAGUCUACGUCUUCGUCGUCCCAUGACGAUGCGUGGCUGGUCAGUUUGUUGACCACGGCGAGAGGAAUCACUGUCUCGGCCCUCAGAUCUGCAGUGGAGCUCCUGGCGAAGCAAAUGGCGACCUGUGGCGCGAGCAAGUGGUCGCUGAUCACCAAAUCGAUGCAGAAGAGGAGAGUUUCGUGCGAGGAGGUGCAGUUGCAGGCACUGGAGUUGGGGAUUGUCGACCUAGAGAGUUCAGUUGAGAACCUUUUCAGAAGUCUGAUCCAGACCAGGGUUUCUCUUCUCAACACUCUCAGCUUGUGUGAACAACAAUUUGUCUGGAAUUCGGUGGCUUUGCUCCUCAACACCUCACUUCACAUGGUUGAACGGUCACCAAAGCUUCACCCUCGAGCAAUGGCUUCCCAUCUGAGAUCCACAAGUUUGCCUUCUAGCCCUCGCUCAAACAAAGCUGACGUCGACCAGCAGCUGCAGAGCCUGAAGACAGCCAUGGCUUCAUCUUCGGCAACCAUUGACACGAUGUGUGAUGGCUUCAGGAGGCUCGGGAGCCUCUACGCCGGCAUCGAGGAGAUGGUGUGCACACCAAGCAACCAAGCAAGCCUCUGCCAGACCCUGCAAAGGAAGGCAGUGGAGGAAGAGCUGGAACAGUCACUCGUCUUGCUUGACCUCUGCAACGCCAUGCAGGGAAGCUUCAUCGACCUAAAGAUGGUCGUGCAAGAACUGCUCUUGGCUGUCAGAAGAGGAGAUGACGCAGUUGCGCAACUCAAGGCAUACUUCCAGAUAACCAAGAAGGUGUACAAACAGUUCAAGAAGGUCUGCAAAAAGAGCAGUUCUGAUGAGAAGGAUUGUAGGGUGGUCAAGCUGCUAGCAGAAUCAAGAUUGGUCGCUACCUCCGUGCUUGAAUGCACAUCGUGCCUUCUGUCAAAGCAAAUUGAGAUGCCCAAACGGUCUCUUGUCUCCAAAGCAUUCCAGAAGGGGAAAGUAGUGUGCGACGAGGAGCGAUUGCAGGCAUUAGAGUGCAGUAUCAGAGGUCUUGAGAGCGGAGCAGAGCUUCUGUUCAGGAGAUUGAUCCAGUGCAGAGUUUCUCUUCUGAAUAUUCUUAGCUCCUAG